AUAAAAACAAAGGAAACGCUGAAAAAAAAAGAAAUUAAUAAUAGAAUAACGGAAAAAUUACAGCAAAUUACAAUCAACCAACCAGCAGUUAAGUGAAGCACGCAAAUUUAAAACGCAGAAGGACUUUGCGUUUUAAACUUCCGAAUAACUUAGGCGCUUCGUUCCCAGCAACACGCCUUCUUAACGCGCGCUUUCUCUACAUUUUCCUACGCCUCGUGCCGCGCUACAAGAAUGUGUAAAACACCAAGUUCCCGUCUGCUGCAGCGUCUCAUAAUCGAUGUUGUUAUAUUAAUUGCGCUCUGUUGCGUCGCGCUAGUGGCGCUACCCAAACUAUUGCCCACCACGCGUCGCGGCUUCUUUUGCAGCGACACCUCAUUGCGCUAUCCCUACACCGCUUCGCUGUUAAACCGCGUGCACAUCACUAUAGCUGUGAUUGCUUUGCCUGCUGCUGUUAUGUUGGUGGUGGAGAUGUUGUGGGCGGCAGUGCGCGCCGCGCGCAAAACAAAUCCAGGUAACGCGAAUGGAAACACAGUCACAACGGGUGCAAAGCGCACAGGCGUACAACAAUUCAUAUUCGUCGGUAUUAACAUACCCACCUUUGUUAGUGAGUGCUACAAAAUAGUGGGCGUCUACUUCUUCGGCCUGGCGCUGGUGCUAAUUGCUUUGCGCGCUACCAAGAAUUUUGUUGGUCGCUUGCGUCCCUACUUCUUCGAUGUGUGUCAACCGCAACUAUUGGAGACUUUGGGUAGUGGCUUGGCUUGUGAGCGUUUUGAUGUGCCAAAAGCGCUAAAUGCUAGCACCAUCACUGGCGGUUACAUUGAGGAUUAUGAAUGCUAUGAACUUGCUGCCUCCGCGGAGUUAUUGUCUAUGGCGCGUCAAUCCUUUCCAAGUGGUUAUACCUCGACUGUCUGCUAUGCCAUGUUCUUCAUUGUUUUCUACCUGCAGGCGCGUCUUGCAGCGCGUGUGUUUUUGUUGUUGAAAACUUUGCUGCAAUUUGGUUUCGUCAUGUUGGCCGCACUGGUGGCAAUCGAGCGUUUCUACACGCAUCACAAUCAUUGGACGGAUAUUUUGGCGGGCGGAGUUUUGGGUUUUAUUUUGGCGGCGUUCGCGACAAUUGCCGUGGCUGAUCUCUUCAAGCAAUUGCCAGUGAAAAAGCGCAAGACGCGCGAUGACUCAACACGUAUUUAUGGUUAUUAUGGAGUGAAUCGGGUGUCCAAAUAUUAUUAA